GUGACCAAAUUUCAAUCUUCCACUCUCCCAUUAUUUCCCAUAGUUUAGAUUUCUCUCUCUCUCUCUCUCUCUCUCUCUAGGAAGUGGGAAGAAGAAGAAUGGGGGCUAAUAGCUCAGCUUUGAGCUGGGUUCUGCUCUGCUGCUGCAUAGUGUGGUCUUCUGUGUAUGUUGAGCAGACAGAGUGCAAUGUUGUGUUUGAUAGGAAGGCUCUUGUCAUUGAUGGGCAGAGGAGACUUCUCUUCUCUGGCUCCAUUCACUAUCCCAGAAGUACUCCUGAGAUGUGGGAAGGUCUUAUACAGAAGGCCAAAGAUGGUGGCUUGGAUGCCAUUGACACCUAUGUCUUCUGGAAUCUUCAUGAACCUUCUCCUGGCAAUUAUAAUUUUGAGGGGAGGAACGAUUUGGUUCGGUUCAUAAAGACGGUUCACAAGGCAGGGCUCUAUGUUCAUCUUCGGAUUGGUCCUUAUAUUUGUUCAGAAUGGAAUUUUGGGGGGUUUCCAGUUUGGCUGAAGUUUGUUCCAGGCAUUAGCUUCAGAACAGAUAAUGAGCCUUUUAAGUCAGCAAUGCAAAAAUUUACACAGAAAGUUGUCCAGUUGAUGAAGAACGAAAAGUUGUUUGAGUCACAAGGUGGCCCCAUUAUCCUUUCUCAGAUUGAGAACGAAUACGAGCCAGAAAGCAAGGCGUUUGGGGCUUCUGGUUAUGCAUACAUGACCUGGGCUGCAAAGAUGGCUGUUGGAAUGGGUACCGGGGUCCCAUGGGUCAUGUGCAAGGAAGAUGAUGCCCCUGACCCAGUGAUAAACACUUGCAAUGGUUUUUAUUGCGAUUAUUUUUCUCCCAACAAACCAUACAAACCCACAAUGUGGACUGAAGCUUGGAGUGGCUGGUUCACAGAAUUUGGUGGCCCAAUUUACCAGCGGCCUGUUGAAGAUUUGGCAUUUGCAGUUGCCAGAUUCAUCCAAAAAGGAGGCUCCUUCAUAAAUUAUUACAUGUACCAUGGAGGGACCAACUUUGGAAGAACUGCUGGAGGCCCCUUUAUAACUACCAGCUAUGACUAUGAUGCUCCCAUCGACGAAUACGGCUUGAUCAGGCAACCUAAGUAUGGCCACUUAAAGGAACUCCAUAAGGCUGUUAAGCUAUGUGAGCUAGCUCUGCUGAAUGCUGAUCCUACUGUCACAACCUUAGGGAGCUACGAACAGGCACAUGUAUUCUCUUCCAAGUCAGGAGGCUGUGCAGCUUUUCUCUCAAAUUUCAAUACAAAGUCAGCUGCAAAAGUGACUUUCAAUAACAUGAACUUUCACCUCCCCCCUUGGUCCAUCAGCAUCCUUCCAGAUUGCAAAAAUGUUGCAUUCAACACUGCCCGAGUGAGAGUUCAGACAUUCCAAACACAACUUUUGCCCACUAACUCUGAGUUGCACUCGUGGGGAAUCUUCAAUGAAGAUGUUUCUUCAGUGGCUGGUGAUACUACAAUCACGGUCGUUGGCCUCUUAGAUCAACUGAACAUUACAAGAGACUCCAGUGAUUAUUUGUGGUACACAACCAGUGUUGACAUAGAUCCAUCAGAAUCAUUUCUACGCGGAGGUCAACAUCCCAGUCUAACCGUGCAGUCAGCUGGAGAUGCUAUGCAUGUCUUCAUCAAUGACCAGCUCUCAGGAUCGGCUUCUGGGACUAGGGAACACAGAAGAUUCACUUUUACAGGAAAUGUCAACCUGCAUGCUGGACUGAAUAAAAUUUCACUUCUCAGUAUAGCUGUUGGAUUGGCGAAUAAUGGUCCUCACUUUGAGACGCGGAACACAGGAGUGCUGGGACCAGUUGCUCUACAUGGACUAGACCAUGGAACAAGAGAUUUAUCUUGGCAGCAAUGGUCAUAUCAGGUUGGGCUAAAAGGUGAAGCCUCGAAUCUGGAUUCUCCAAAUUCCAUUUCGGCUGUGGAUUGGAUGACAGGGUCCUUAGUGGCACAAAAACAACAGCCACUGACAUGGUAUAAGGCAUACUUUGAUGAACCAAAUGGAGAUGAGCCCCUGGCUUUGGACAUGGGUAGUAUGGGGAAGGGCCAAGCAUGGAUCAACGGGCAGAGCAUCGGAAGAUACUGGACUAUUUACGCUGAUGGCGAUUGCAGUGCAUGCACGUAUUCUGGUACAUUCAGGCCUAAGAAAUGCCAAUUUGGUUGUCAGCAUCCAACUCAACAAUGGUACCACGUUCCUCGCUCUUGGCUGAAGCCGUCUAAGAACCUCUUGGUAGUAUUUGAGGAGAUUGGUGGUGAUGUAUCAAAGGUCGCUCUUGUGAAAAAAUCAGUGACGAGUGUUUGUGCCGAGGUUUCUGAAAAUCACCCACACAUUACAAAUUGGCACACUGAGAGCCAUGGCCAAACGGAAGUGCAACAGAAGCCCGAAAUUGGCCUACACUGUACAGAUGGACACUCCAUUUCUGCUAUUAAAUUUUCAAGCUUUGGAACUCCAUCCGGAAGCUGUGGGAAAUUUCAGCAUGGCACCUGUCACGCUCCAAACUCAAAUGCUGUCCUGCAGAAGGAGUGCCUAGGUAAGCAGAAGUGUUCAGUGACCAUAUCAAACACCAACUUCGGCGCAGACCCUUGUCCAAGCAAACUAAAAAAGUUAUCUGUGGAAGCUGUUUGUUCCCCUAUAAGCACUUGAACUGCCAUGACCGCUGAACGAAAGAAAAACUGCCAGAACCAAAUUCAAGGGUACAAGACCGAACUCGGGAAAAAUUUAAUGCCGUACGAAAAUUAGAUUAGGCAGCGGCAGAGCAGUGUUUUAGCAGCAAAAUAUAGAAUGUGACAUUGGUGUAUGGAAAUGUAAAAGUAUUUUCUACAGAAGUAUGCAUGGAAUGCUGAUGUUUUUCAUACAACUGAAGGGAAGCUUCUCAAUCACAAAGCUUCCCAGUUGAAGUUUCGAUUCAGGUUGAGGAUGACAGGAGAAAUUCGUAUUCAACUUUGACUUUAAGGAAAAUGAUAAACACGCACACUGGUUUAUUGUCAGGAUAAGCACCACCAUAUUUUGACAAAUAGUCUUACGACA